AUGGCAGAAACACACGACGAAACCCCAGUUUUCUCUGAGGAGGAUGACCACCGAGCAGUCUACAUCUUCAACCCAAGAGCAGGUCACCAUACCUCCCUGGCACAAGAGAAAACAGCUCGGCCAGUAAAAAAGCGGAGAGUCAGUAGUAAACGAGCUUGGUCUGCCUCUGCCGCCGAUCAUGCGGGAGCAGUACCACAUGCGGAGGAGGAGACGAAGACGACAACGACUGCCGCUGCUGCCUUCUCUCAACUGUUCGGGGGGAAGGAGAGUGUGGAAGCUGCGGGGUUGAGGAGACAGGUGUUCGAUACGGCGUGGCCGGUUCUGGAUGGACGAAUUAAGAACGUACUAAGAGAGGCGAACCGAACGACCCUGGAGGAUGUCAGCUCGUUUAUACGUGACGCUGAAGGUGAUGCAACAAGAGGAACCAGAAUCCCAGCCGGCUUCAUCAUCACCGGCCCCAACAUCGCCUCCCAAGACGUCCUUUUCGAACAACUUUCCGAGGCUCUCGGGAAAGCCACACAAGCCCGGUUUGUUCGUCUACGGGCGGCUGGGGCGCCGAACCUCAAGGCGGCGCUCAAGAAGGUAAUAAGAGACGCCACUGCGCAGGUGUCUCUUGACGGAGGGGAUAGGGAUGAAGACACCGAGGUCGCCUUAGGCCGGGAUGGCAGGAAGUAUCUCGACUAUGAUCUAGAGGGAUUACAAGCUUUUUUCGGCGCGCAGCAGGAUUCGUCACGGCGAGUUGUUGUGGCGUUUGAGGAUAGCGAGGCAUUUGAGAGCUCGUUGUUGACUGAUCUGCUUGGUCUUUUCCAUUCAUGGCAGGGGCGCAUCCAGUUCUCCGUACUCUUUGGCAUCGCUACCUCGGUGGAAUUGUUCCAGGCGCGACUCCUCAAGUCUACUGCCCGACAAUUGUUUGGUGCCAAGUUCGAUGUCGUCCAGGCAGAUUUGGUUCUUGAUAAUGUCUUCAAGAGCGCCAUUGCUGGGACGCAGGCGACACUUCGCCUGGGGCCUACGUUACUGAGGAGUUUGCUCGAUCGCCAGCGGGAUCAGGUUGCUGGUAUUCGGGUCUUCAUCAGCUCUAUCAAGUACGCCUACAUGUGUCACUUCUACGCGAAUCCUUUGAGUGUCCUGCUUGCGGAUGAAAAGUCCCUGACCCGUCAGCUUCUCCAACCUGAGCACAUUCAGGCUGUACGGACGCUUGAUUCUUUCAAGGCACACGUCGAGGCCGCGGUGGACGCCAGACAGCUCAAGCAUGCGCAGUUACUCGUCGAAGAUGAUGGCUACCUCGUUCGCCAGAUGGUUGAGCAGCGGCAGAAAAAGCAAGAUUACCUGAUGCAACUAUUGCGUUCUCUACACCUCCUGACAAGCAUGGAUCUCGUUCCUGGCCGUUUCACCGAUCUCUACGUGGCCGCUCUCGCAGGGGGGCUCGAUCUAACGCCCACCAUCGACGGCAUAAAACGAUUAGGAGCAGACGACGUCCCUGCCCUAAUCAACCGCCUACUAACAGCCAUCCGAACCGGCAGUCCCGACCUCGACCUGCCAGGCUGGGAGGACGAAGCCGAGGAGCUCAUCAGUUCCCUCUGCGAGAUCCGCGACGAGAUCGAGGCAUUAGCAGAGCAAGCCCAGGAAAAAGGCCAACAAGCCCUCAAGAGCAAAUUCACCGCCCAAAGCAAAGUCCUCCGCACAACCGUCAUCGCCCAAAAGGUCCAGCUCAGCCAGGACACGGCCAAACUGACGGACGAAGACAAGGCUUUCGGUAAGGCCAUCGACGCUCUUGUGGACUUACUCACCCACCAUAUCUACAGCGAUCCCGUCGACAGUCUAUUCUUGCACGAAGCAUGGGCGUACGACACCGAGGCUCCGUACCGGGACGUCUUUGUUCCGCGGCCGGGAACGACCUUUGAGCGAGCGUUGACAAGGCCGCAUGCGUACCUCGGGUGUGAGUGCUGCAGCAAAGCCAACGGGACGCUGUCGGCCACGCUGCCGACGACGUGUAUUCUAUAUCGAUUGUACCUCGAGACGGGGUCGUUGGUCAAUGUGGCGGAUCUAUGGUCUGCGUACUACGCGCUUGUGGGCGAGGACUCGGUGGAUGGUGGACUGGGCGAGAGAGAGGCGCUGGUGCAGUUCUAUCACGGCUUGGCGGAGUUGAGGCUGAUGGGCUUUGUCAAGAGCAGCAAGAAGAAAGCGGAUCAUGUUGCCAAGGUUAAGUGGUUGCUGUAAUCAG